AUGCCCACGACGCGCCGUCUCCUCACCCCGCGGUGGUUCCGUUCGCGACGCUCUCCCAACCCCGAGGAGCUCGAUGACGUCAGACCCAGGACCCUCCCUCGUAGCGACAUGGACCGUCGGCCGCGAGUUGCACGUGUCCUCAGCUCCCCCGCUCGAACUCAACACCAAACUAAUCCACCGCCUGAUGGAGAAUCCCUCGAACGAGCCUUCCCCUCCAUGGGACACCUCGAAUACGUCCUCGCCGGCUCAUCACCACCCGCCGAAAGCGCCCCGAACAUGUACGACAGCUUCGAAGAGCCACCCUUAGAUUUAACUGCGCAUAUUUGCGGAGAUUCACUACGUCAGAGUGCCCAUGAGCAGAUGCGAGCCGUCGGUGGGCGUCUCAGACUCUUAGACGAACUGGAAACGGCAGUCAUAACAUCUGAAACUGCAGCCACUACUUUUUCCACGGCAACUGAUGCGGAGAAAAAUGUGUGUCUAUUUUGGGCGUCGUAUCUUAAGCUUGCUAAUUUGCUGCAGCCACUGAUCGCCGCCGGCGCCGAUCCGUUGUACUUCGACGCACUAGGAUUGUCACCGCUGCAUGUUGCCGCGUUUAGUGGCUCUACGGAAUGUACAAGUUACCUGCUCUCGUGUGGAAUUGAUCCCAAUUAUAUGCCGCGAUGCUUCGCUCCGUUGCAUUGCGCUGCUUUUGGGAAUUCUGUGCAAGUGGCUAAUUUAUUAAUCAGUCGGGGAGCUUCAGUACAUGUAGCAGUGAAAUAUAUAAAUUGUGAAGGCGGCUUGCUUCAUUGUUCAGUCAGAGCAAAUUCAGUGGAAUGUUUAAAAUUAUUCAUAUCUCAUGGUGUCGACGUGAAUCAAAUAGAGCCGGGUGGUACUAACGCUAUUCAUCUUGCAGCAGAUUUGGGUAUGACACAGUGUUUGUCAAUAUUAUUGGAUACUCCUGGCGCUGAUCCGAAUGUAAGGACUAGAGUGGGAGACAGAGAAUCGACAGCUUUACAUUUAGCUGCCGACGGCGGCUUUGUAGAUUGUGUAGAUUUAUUAUUAUCUAAGGGUGCCAAUGCCAGUUUGAAGAAUCAUAGAGGAUUUACUGCUUUACAUUUAGCAGCUCGAUCGGCAAGUUUAGAAUGCGUAGAAUCUUUACUCAGAAAAGGAAAUGCGGAGCCAAACGCAAUGGACUUUGAUAUGCGUACGCCUUUACACGCUGCCAUAGGCAAAUCGGAUUGUGCUUGCGAUAUCAUAGAGACACUUAUAAGUUGGGGAGCAAAUGUUAACCAGAAGGAUGAAUACGGAUUUACACCAUUGCAUUUGGCUGCACUCGACGGUUUGUCUGCGUGCGUUGAGACAUUAAUCUAUCACGGAGCUGACGUCACAACUCGGUCUAAAAAAGGAAAUUCGGCUCUUAACGUAAUUGCUCGAAAAACGCCCGCGUCGCUUGCAAUGAUAACAAGAAAAUUGGAUUGUGCGAUUACACUGCACCAUUCUCAAACGAGCAAUAGAGAAGUUGAACUGGAACUCGAUUUUCGCAGUAUUCUACAACAUUGUUAUCCGCGCGAAAUAAGUUACCUGAACACAUUUGUUGAUGAAGGUCAAAAGGAAGUUUUAUUACAUCCACUUUGUUCCGCAUUCCUUCACAUAAAGUGGGAAAAAAUUCGCAAAUACUACGUAGCGCGCCUUUUUCUGAGUUUUAUGUUCGUUUUAUGUCUCACGUUAUACGUUUUGACUGCGCUAGCGCAUAAUUGCUAUAACGGAAGCAAGGACAUGGAGGAGACAAUACAGGAACAAGAAUUGUGUCAAAAACAAUCUAUACUUGGUGAUCUGUUGAGAAAAAACCCUUUUGUUAUAGAAAUGCAGUGGUGCGUUUUGGCAGGAAUUACAAUUUUCGAAAUAUUUAGAAAGGUUUAUGGUAUUGCUGGUUACUCUACAGUGAAACAAUAUCUCAUGCAAUCCGAAAAUAUCAUUGAAUGGUUUGUCAUAAUUAGCGUAUUCCUCAUAUCUUAUAUUUACACGAAUAUCACGUACACGUGGCAAAAUCAUGUUGGAGCCUUCGCCGUAUUAGCUGGCUGGACGAACCUGAUGAUGAUGAUAGGGCAACUACCUGUUUUUGGAACGUACGUCGCUAUGUAUCAAAAAGUACAAAAGGAAUUUGCUAAAUUAUUGAUGGCUUAUUCCUGUAUACUGAUCGGAUUCACUAUAAGUUUCUGUGUAAUAUUUCCGGACUCGUCAUCUUUUGCCAACCCGUUUAUGGGCUUCAUAACUGUCUUGACUAUGAUGAUUGGAGAGUUAAAUCUGGAUCUAUUACUGAACGAGCCUGACGGAAACGACCCGCCCGUUCUCUUAGAAUUUUCCGCACAGGUUACAUAUGUAUUAUUUUUAAUGUUUGUCACAGUUGUAUUGAUGAAUUUGCUAGUUGGCAUAGCGGUUCAUGAUAUACAGGGUUUGAGGAAAACAGCGGGGCUUUCGAAACUAGUUCGGCAAACGAAAUUGAUAUCCUAUAUGGAAAUGGCGUUAUUUAAUGGAUAUAUGCCUAAAUGUUUACUGAAAAUUCUGCAUUCUUCAGCGCUGGUUUCGCCGCAAGCUUACAGAGUCGUUUUAAGUGUUAAACCAUUGAAUCCUUCAGAAAAAAGAUUGCCUCGAGAUAUAAUGAUGGCAGCAUAUGAUAUCGCUAAAAUGAGAAAGCAAUACGGACAUACUAUAUCAUCAAGUGGCUCGACUACCGGCGCAUACUCGUGUUUCAAAAAAUAUGAAAAUAAUAACGAUUCAGGGUACAGAGAGUACGGUUACUCAGGAUUAGGGAGUCUCCAGGCUAGACUAGACGAAACGUCCGAGAAUGUGCGCCAAUUGACUCAGGAAAUUAAGGAAUUAAAGAAGCUAAUAAGCGCCCAGCAGCUCGUCAUACAGCAGGCUCUAGCCGGCUCGAUGGACAACCGUUGAUGAUAUAAUGGGCGACGGAGUCAUUUAGUUUCAAUGCCAACUGUACACAAGUCAAUAAACUAUAGCGAGCGUGCAUUGUCGUAUAUUUGUACUCGUUUAGACCCUAUUGUGGACUUAAAUCUAAGUGGUGAUAUUUUUUGCUUUACAUUCACGUAGUUUCUAAGACAGUAGUAUUAGGGUAUUUAAUGCCAUGUUUGACCGUUUGUAACGCAGGACGUACGGACACUGUGAUUGUAGUAUAACACUUUGUAUUGUUAUUAACAUUGUGAUGGCAAUAAAUUUUUGCAAUACAU